AUGGCUUCGUGGAGCUGUCGGCUUCUUCUCCUGAGAGGAUCAAGACUCAUCUCUCCUCGAGCAGCAGCUGAGAGUCCUGCCCAUUUGGUAGGUUGUAUCAGGACAGUAAAAACCACAACAUGGUUUGAUGAACACCUCACAGAGGACAACCAGGAGUACAUGAGGAAGAGCAUGGCACAGGAAUACAGGAGCCAAACAGCUGACAAGCUCAACCCACUCAAAGAUGAGCCCUGGCAGCGUCACGAGUGGUCAGAGGGUAGUCGAAGAGUUGGGUUAGUAGCAGUGAAGUUGGGAAUGGCUCCUAUCUGGACAAAAACAGGAGAGAGACACGUAGCCACCAUGUUACAGGUGCAGGACUGCCAUGUAAUAAAGCACCUGUCCAAGGAAGAAUAUGAUGGACACACCGCCGCCCUCCUUGUAGGAGGGAAAAACGUUUCACCAUUCCAUAGGUCUGACGGGGAAAUGGAGAUGUUCAGGAAUGCAGGGGUGCCUCCGAAACAGAAAGUCACCACCUUCAAAGUCUCAGACAACGCCAUCGUCAAGCCAGGAACUCCCCUGUAUGCAGCACAUUUCCGUCCGGGCCAAUAUGUGGACGUCACAGCCAAAUCCAUCGGUAAGGGUUUUCAAGGCGUAAUGAAGCGAUAUGGGUUCAAAGGUCAGCCAGCCACCCAUGGACAAACCAAAACUCAUCGUAGACCAGGAGCUUCUGGACCUGGAGGGGAUCCAGCCAAAGUUUUCAAAGGGAAAAAGAUGCCCGGCAGGAUGGGCAACACCUUCAUCACAGCUUACGGACUGAAGAUAUGGAGGGUCAAUACCAAGUAUAAUGUGCUGUAUGUGAACGGCUCCGUCCCCGGCCACAGGAACUGCGUCUUGAAAAUAAGAGACACUAUACUGCCGACCAGGAGCUCCACCCUGCUCAGCCCUCCUUUCCCCACCUAUUUCACAGAAGAGGAAGGCGACCUGGAUGAAGACCUGUACGACGAUAACUUGUUCAUUCACACAGACCCGUCAUUAACACUGACCUGAACACACAUCAUGUUUUCAUCUAAACCCACAAACUGUAUCUGGAUCCUGUAAUAAAGAGUAAUUGCUUUGAA